CUCGAUGAUCCCAAGGGUCUCUUCCAACCUAGACCAUUCUAUGAUUCUAUGACUAUCGUGAUAAGGGUAAGGGUUGUCACAACAGGAGUGGGACCCCCAGGGCCAGCCCCUCAGGACUGUUGUGACAGGAGUGAGGCCUCCCAGGCCAGCCCUGGCAGGGCUGUCGUGACAGGAGGGGGGUCCCCCUGCGCCCAGGGGUGGCCGGAUCUCCCAUGUCACCUCCCGUCCCCACAGGCCUCGGCCGUCCCCGCGGAGAUGGAGGUGGACGGGGCCCUGGACCCCGCGGUGCUGGAGCGGGAGCUGCGGGCGGCGGUGGCGGCCGACGAGAAGCGGGAGCGGGAGAACGAGGCCAAGCUGCGGGCCCUGCGCCAGCGCGUCCCCUCCUACCAGGAGUUCAGGAACAUUGUGCUGGCAUCACACCUGAAGCCUCUAGAGAAGAAGGACAAGAUGGGUAUAAGGAGGAACGUGCUGUGGAAUCCCUGUGCAGCCAACACCAAGGCCCCUCAAGCCAGCAACGUGGAAAUAUCCCAGGAGCUGAAUCAACUGCCCGGAACCUCUGCCGAAUUUUACAGAGAUUGGCGCAGAUGCUUAAAAACCGGAAAAGAAAAAUACCAGUUUUUGCUUGGACUCGGAGGGAAGGCCUUGGGCAGAAUCUUUCAGGCUGAUUUGGGCUUUGGCCUCCUGGGUGAAUUCCUGACGGUGCUGGCAGAGAACGUCUGUCGUGAAGACAGAGAUGCUGUUCUUCAGAUCUUACAGAGCCUUUCGGGCACCAAACGCUUCGGGUUAAACGUGGAUCUUCUGAGUGAGUCGGAGAAGGAGAGCAGCAGGGAUUUGUUUAGGAAGCUGCAGAGCAUGAGCAGGGACUACUGGGCCACUGGCCAUCCCAGCGGACUGGCCAGCUGCAAAGCAGAGAGGGAAGCCCACCUCACAGACACCAGCUUGCCAAAGGAAGCCCAGGAAAGGAUAGUGAUGGAGCUGAUGAAAUGUUACCAGGUCAACUGAAGGAGCAAAAGCACCAGGGUCGUGCAGAAACAGAGGGCAAAAGAGGCUCAAAGCUUAAAUUCAGCAUCAGACAUCGUGCGAGACAGAUAAAUGGGAACUUCUGGACAGAUAAAUGGGUACUUCUGGACGUUGCUGUACAUUUCUCUGUAUCUGGGAGCUGCCCGGGGCACUAGUUCUGCACAA